AAUAAUACCAACCUAAACCAUGGGCUAUCCAACAACUCCAUCAAUUUUCCAAACCAUUUUAUAAAGAGCUCUCCAAAGACAACUUUUAGGCUAAAACAGCUUCAUUUCUCAUAAAAUCCCCCUUUGAAAAAAGUUCUUGAAAGAGUGAGUACAUGAUGAUUGGCAAUAGAUCUAAGCCGGUGAUCGGAAAACUCACCGGUGCAGCUUUUUCAGUUAGCCGCACUAUGGAUGGUGCCACCAGCCCAAGAAGUCCACUAGAUUUCAAGAUUCCAUCACCAAGAGGCUUAAAAAGCUUUGAUUUUGGUAGGGUUGGAUUGGCUAUAGUAGCUGCACUAGAAAAGUCCGGUGGUAAAAACGGCGAAAUUCCGGUGAACAAAGCUGUUUACAACCGGAAUUCAAAUAGGUCCCUUCCAAUUCCGGUGAUUUCGUCGUCAAAGAAUUCAGGUAGAUUUAGAGCAGAAUUUGAGGAAACAGAGAUGGAUAGUUUUGAAGAAUAUACAAUAGUUACUUGUCGUGCACCAGGUAACAAAUCAUACACAAAAGUAUACGGCGAUAGAAGUAAACCGGAAAACAGAAAAUGUAAUCGUCCAAGCGUUUUUAACAUAUCUCCGGCGAAAAUUGGAGGUUUUCCGGCAUACCCAGAUUCUGAUUUUCUCAGUUCAUGUCACUUAUGUCAAAAAAUGCUCCAUGGCAAAGACAUAUACAUGUAUAGGGGAGAGAAAGCAUUUUGUAGUACAGAGUGUCGUUACAAGCAAAUAGUGAUGGAUGAUCACACAGACAUGUGCAGUUCAAGAUCUGUUGAUGUUUCGACUUCACCUUAUGGGAAUGAACAAAUCAUUUCAACUGGAAUUCUGGCUAUUUAAUUUUGACUUAUCAAUAAAUUAUUAUUAGUAUAUAUAGAACCUUGGUACAUACAUCUAUAUAUACUCGGGAAUACUUUUUAUACAUUAUGAGAAACAGCUCUGCAACCUCAAUUUUGAUAUGGAUGUAGAAAUGCAAAGCUCAAAUGCAGCAAUGAAAAGUUUUGAACUACACUUUUAUGUUAAUUUAUCUGUAAUUUCUUCCA